GUAUUUUUAAUCCGACGUACGAACGCGAAAACUUUUUAGAAAUAUGGACUUGUUUUGAGAAUGCAGUGCGAUGAACAGUCUUCCACCGAUUUUGUUUCAACGGAUAUUAAUCAACAUUUAACUUCAAUUGAAGAAACAAAUUUUAAUAAUAAGAUUUGUUUAACUCAAUUAUGGGAAUAUGUUAUUAAACAUAAAAAACUUCCAGAAAACUUAGAUGCUUCGAUUUUUUUUAAUCUUGUAACUCAGAAGUUAAGAAAUCCGGAAUGGGAAGUUCGCCAACAUUCUCUUAGAGUUUUGAUAGAUAUCAUUCCCGUAAUAAAAAUUGAAGAAUUAGAUGCUAAUAUUGAUGAAACUUUGAACGAAAUCGUUCGGAACUUGGGUCAUAUUGGACCGGCAGUUCGAAAAGCGGCAAUAGAUGCUCUAAAAACUUAUGUAAAUCACACAAGUAAACCCACUUUAAUAAUUCGAGAACUGAUUCAUAAAGGAAUCGAAAAAUCGGUUAUAAAUAAAGUUAACCCAAACAUAACUUUAGGAAUAAUCAUUGCUGUACCAUUUUUAAUAACAAAUAAGAUAUCGAUAGAAGCUUUGCGAUAUUUAAUUCACGUCUUAUUAGAAAAAUUAGAAAAUAUUCUUCACCAAGAAACCAUCAUUCGCUCAUUAGUCAGAAUUAAAAGCGUUAUUGGAAACAAAAAAUUCAACGAAAUUUUAGACGCACAUAAAUCGAAGAAAGAUUUUGAGAUGCUCUGCGAGUUAUACAAUUUUCCAGAACCGACAGUUUGCGAUUUUAUUCCAGAUAUUUAUGAAAAUAAACAAAUUUGGAGUGAUCACAACCAAAACUUUCUUUCCGAGGAAAUUGAAGAUAAUAAAAAAGUUGAUAAAGUCAUUUUAGAAACUGAAAUAAAAUUAGACGAAGGGCAAGCAAUUACGAUGAAAAUCCACGAGGAGAGUAAAAACAACAAUUAUUUUGAUUCAAGCGAUAACAGCGAUAGUGAAAAUAGAGGAAUAGGAACAUUUCAAGUUUUAGCUGACGACAGUGAUGAUGAUUAUGAAUCAUGGAGAAAAACACCUAGAAGAGUUCGUUUUGGCGGUGAAAUCGUUAAAAUGAGAACACCAGAUUCAGAUAGUAAUCAACAAAGCGACGAAGUCGAUGAAAAAUCAUCUAAAUCUAAACCUUUACUUGAAAUUCAUUACAAAUCUAGCACCAAAUUAUUAAAUAAGAGUCAUAUUCCCGUUCUAAUUUCUUCAAAAAGCCGCCCAAACUCAGAACCGAACAGCCCAAAAAGAAUUCCAUCAAAAAAAUUACACAAAUCAAGUCCUAAUUUAUCAAGGAUUCCCAAAAAUAAAAAUUACAACCAAAAACAAAUCACUAAAACCAUUAAAAUUAAAGUGAAUCAACCUAAUACAAAAAAUACAAGAAGAGAGGAACACCCAAGAAAAUUGGUGAGGGGUAAAACAAUUGGAUCCAAAAUUAUCGAGGUCAAAGAAGAAAAUGAAAAAAAGUUUAAACCAAAUAAAGAAAAAUUGGAUGAAAAUAUAAGAAAUUUGUCACCACCGAAAGCUUCGUUAUCAUCAAGAACAUCUUCGCCAAGAAGUUUAUCUCCACCUAAGAAAACCACAAAAAAUAUGGAUAGAUAUAGUCCAAUACCUGUUCAUAAUGAAAUCGAAGUAUUUCAUAAUUUAACGAGAAAAUUAAAAGAAAAAGAACGCCAUUUAACGACUGCCGAUGAUGUUUUAUUGGAAAAAACUCCGAGUUUACAUGAAAGAAAAAUUCGUACUGCGGAUGAUGCAACUGAAGACAAAUCGUUUUUUGUGAAUUAUUACAAUAGUUUUCAUGUUUGUAACAAUGUUUCAAAUGAAAGUAAUACUUUAGAUUUCGAUUCAUCAAUAGCAACAAGGGAAUCGGGGGAUUUAACAUGUUCUAGUUCCGGAAGCGAGGGUGAAAAAAUAAUUUGUGAAAGAAUUGGGUUAAUAGAUGAAAGAAUUAUGCAUGAUAUUCAACUAAGGAACGAUGUGAUUGCGAAGAAAAAUGGAUUAGAAGAAUUAUUAAAAGUUUUAAAAGAUAAAACAGUUUUAGAUUCAAUAUCAGAUAAAUUACCAUCAUUACUUAACAUUCUUUUUAAUGCCGAACAACAACCUAUUCUUCAAUCGAUAUCAGAGCAAAUUUUAACGUAUAUUUUUGGAAACAUUACCGAAGAAGCAAUUUUAAACAAAAUCCAACCAAUCAUUUAUAAUUUAAGUCGAACAGGAAGCCCACUUGGAGUACGAUUAGCUUUAAUUAUACUCAAUAGGUUACCAUCAAAAUUUCUUAUUGAUUCGUUAUUAGAAGAUUCAAUUUUAACAGCAAAAAGUAGCAAGGUUCGAGAGGGUGCUUUACAAAUUUUAAUGGCAAUAACACGAAUUUUUCCAAGUACUGAAAUUAACAUUCCUAAUUGUUUAUCUUCGGUAUUAAAACUAUUGAAGGAUAAAAAAAGAAAAGUUCGCCAAGCAGCUUUAGAAACGACAGCAGCUUUAUCUCAACUAAGCUCAACUAUCAUGGUUUUGGAUAUAGCAACAACAAUUUUUCAAAAUUAUCCUGAUAAUGAUCAAUUAUUAAGAGUUAUCCGAACGAGAUUAUCACGAAAACAACUUCCGGCUAUCGAUUUAGAUGGAAAUAUACGAUAUUCGACACCUUUGGGUCAAACGGAAUUAAAUUUUUUGUCGAAUAUAAAUGGAUCGUUGGAACAAAGAAAAGCUUUGCAAGCUGUUGAAAGUUUUCCAGAAAGUUACCAAGAAAGUUUUUCUGAAAGGAAAUCAGAGUCAUCUAACGAAGAAAAAGCUAACUAUUGGAUACACAAAAAACACCAUAUAGAUUUUAAUGAGAGGGGUAUUGACGAUAUUGAUUGGAAUUCGCACGAAUAUAGGGAUGAAUCUCACAAAAAUUUACAACCGCAAAUAUGGGCGAUAGAUCCAGGAAAUUUAUAUGUUAAUCCAGAGAAAGUUAAUCAAGUCAAUGGUUCUUUACGUCCUGUUUUUGUGGUCCAACCUGAAUCAUCUCAAUCAUACGAAUCAUCCCUCAAUGGAAUAUCAAAAAGCAAUAAAGAAACCAAUACUGAACACGACGUAAAUAUUCGGCACAACCGAGGAAGGUCAUUUUCUCCACCAAAAAAAGGUUACGAUUCAAGUUUAGAGAAUAGCUUUGAAAAUGACAGGUUUUAUAAAAACGAUGGAAGUAAAAAUACAAGAAUUUUCAAUAAUGAAAAGUUUCAUAAAAGUCUUUCUUCCGAUCAAUUGUUACUGAAUGAUCGGCGUUAUUCAAGACAUUCCGAAUCAUCUUCAACAUCGGGUUCAUCUAUGAGAAGUAAUUAUGCUUGGAAACGCGAUGUCCUUUCUGGAAUUCCAGUACCAAUCAACACCGAUUGUAGAUUUAAAAUAAGAACGCGACAAAAUGAAUCAAAAGGACCUCUUGUAACAUCGCAAUAUUACAAUUCAAAACUUCAAUCGACAGAUACAAUCAGCGAUAAACUCUCAAAUAAUAUUCCAACUCGUCCAGUUAUUGCAAAAAAGCCUUUUUCGUCAGGUUCGGAAUCUUCUGGUUACUUUACCCCACCAACUGAACCUCUUUUACCUGAUAUUUUCGACCAUCAUCAUGCAGGAGACGCUCCCAGAUCGAAAUCAAGCCAAUCAGAACGAUUUAUCCGCAUUGGCACACCUUCGAUACAUCACGAAAAUUUUACUGUAAUCGAUAGUAAUUACUGUGAAAGUCUUAAAACGAAAUCGGCGCCAGUACAACAUUAUCCGUCAUUCGAUAGCGUAGAUUUCGAGACUUCUAAAGAGUUUGGGGAAAUUGUUGAAAGGGUUUCAUCGCCGGAAGAAGAAUCCCAAAAAGACGAAAAAGAUAUAAUUGUUAGUGAUGAGGAUGAUUUAGAAAGUCAAGUUUUAGAAAAUGUUUUAAAAGACGAUCUUGAAGUUGAAGUUGUUGAAAAGUAUGAGCAAAAAAUUUUAAGGAGAGAAUCAACGGUGAAUAGUUUAGAGGAUUUAGAUUUUAUAGCAAAUCAAGCGUUUGGCGAAAGAAAAUUAUUAUCGAAGUCAGAAGCUGAUAUCUUAACAAGUACAGAAAUUGCUAGAAAAACAAUAAAUUCCGCUCCGACGAUAAACAAAACAUACGAACAUUUUAAAACUUUCGAUGAUACUCCAAUAUCGUCAACAAAAACUUCUUUGCCAGGUUCAGUUGUUGAUUUUCAAGAAAUAGAAGUUGUUCAAGAAGUCAUCCAAGAAAAAACUCCAACAAAAAUGGUUUGCACAAAAAGAAAACUUAGUAGAAAACGUUCGAUAAAAACAUUUAAAACACCGCCAGAAGAAAAGAAAACAAUUUUUGACCCAUCAACUCCUUUUACAAAACCAAAAGAAUCUUUAAUGGAAACUCUGAAUCAAUUAGAUAGCUCAGAGUGGGAAAUAACUAUGAAAGGUCUUCAAAACUUGAUUAAAUUGGUUCGUCAUCAUCAAACAACCGUUGAAUCAAAUUUACAUCAAAUUUGUGUUGGUUUGAGUAAACAUAUUAAAAAUUUACGUUCUCAAGUGGCCAGAAAUGCAUGUACUGCCGCUUCAGAACUUUUCCGAACUUGCAAAAAACACAUGGAAGUGGAAAUUGAAGAAUUAGCAAUACCUCUUCUUCACAGAACAGCAGAUACUAACAAAUUUUUAAGAAGUGACGCUAAUACAGCACUUGAUGACAUGUCAGCAAAUCUCUCACCACCAAAAGUCGUCGCUGUAGUCACAUCCAAAGGAAGUACUCAUCAAAACGCAAUCGUUAGAUGUGCUUCAAUAAGGAUUCUUUGUGCCUUAUGCCAUCGACUCGGACCUGAAAAGUUUUUUCAACUUCCUAAAGACACUAGAGAUAAGAUUUUAUUAACUGGCGCAAAUAUGUUAACUGAAGGAAGUCUGGAAACGAGGAAACAUGCGAAGAUGAUGUUGGGUCUUUUAUCUAGGCACAUUCAAUUUCAUAAAGCUAUGGUGGAAGCUGUACCUUCACAUAUCAUGAGACAUAUUUCAAAAUCAUUAAAAACUUUAAUAUAAUAGAUUUAGAAAAAAUAGAUAAUUUUGUUUAAUUAAGUUGAUUUUCUUGUUCUAUAACGAUGUUAUUAUCUACAACGAUUUUGUGUUACAAUUUAUAAUCAAUAAGAUUUUUUUAAGUAUAUAAUGAUACAUUUUUACACGUUUUUUAAUAAAGAACAAAGGAUAUGAUUUAUGCCGUCCAAAAUUAAAUAAAUGUAUAUUUGUAAUAAUGAAA